AUGAUCGGGAGCCUUUUGGUACCUUUGAUACUGCUCCUGCCAAUGGCCUCCGGCUACAACUACUGCAACAACAAGACGCACAAGUGUGUGCUGGAGAACAAAAAGCACUUCAUGUGCCAUCUUCAGGACUUCCCCAUCUACGGGAACGACACCAAGUUCUUUGCCUCAGUUCCGAACAACUUGAAGAUGCAGAGGAUAGUACUGGACAUCCUCAACCAAUUGCGAAACGAGUUUGCGGGCGGAGAACUGACGACGAAGGGCAACAAGAAGUUCGCGAGAGCCAGGCGGAUGCGCCGGCUCUUGUGGGACAAGGAGCUGGCCUACAUGGGCCACAACCAUGCGUCCACCUUGUCCCUGAUGCCGUCGCCGUGCCGGUCCACCCUGCGGUUCCCCCACGUCGGUGAGGCCAUUGCCCUGGUGACCCGCAGGGAGAAGGUCAAUCUAAAGGAGAUAUAUUCGAUGGCGUUCAAUUCGAUGUUCGCCGAGUACCGGGAUGUCGUUGAUCCAGACGGUCUCCUCCAGGCCUUUGAACCUACCAGGGACUCCAAGGUGCACUACUUCACCAACCUCAUCAGCGACCGAGUGUCACGCGUGGGAUGUGGCAUUGCCGUGGGCUCCGACUGCCAUCCAUCCUUCAAGUUCUGCCACUUCGUCACCUGCUACUUCGACUUCAGCAACCUGCCUGGCUCGUAUGUGUACAAGGCCGGGGAUCCCACCUCCUCCUGCGACGACUGGGGCGUUGUUAGCUCUGAUAAGUUUGCGAAUCUCUGCAAGAACAGCGGCGAGAUUUUCCCCCACGAUCAGGGCGAUCGAGUUGAGUGAAAGUCGGAUGGUGAGGUGUUUAGUAUAUUCGUACAUUUAUAUAUGUUUUUCAAGCACAGGAGUCCGACUUAGAAAACCUCCCAGAACCCGAAAUACAAUCCUUACAUUUCCUACGA